AUGAGAUUAAGUCCCCUCUUAAGCACCCUUUACCUUCCAGGAAUACUUUUCUCUUUAAUAUUUACUCUCUACGAACUGACAAAAGAAGCAUAUAAACUCCAGAGGACGGAGAUCUGUCGGAGCUAUAAGGCCUUAACAGGGCGUCCGCCAUCAGCCCCAGUCCUUUGCAAUAACCCUAGACCCUUGUCUCCGAUGGAAUUAAAAUCUUCACGACGGAAUAAAUUUGCAUGUAAAGGGCCCCUUGCUUUAAUCGAGCUGUCCAAGCGAUUUCCCCGAGGUUCCUUGUUAAUUUCCAUUUUCGGUGCGCUCAUACUCACAUACGCCGUACCCGAGACCCUCCAUGCCCUGGGAAGUAGUACAUACGUCAGAACCGCGAAUUAUCUUAGGCAGCCAUGUACCCUUUCCCCAGUUCCUGACCCGACUGGUACCGUUUCUGGAACGUCGGCUCACCUAACGUACCUGUACAUGAGGUUGACUUCUUUCUUUCUGGGUUUCAACAGGCCUCACUUUGAUGAUAAUCUAAUGAAGCAAUGUAAUUCUAAACCAGUAUACUUACUGAGUAGCUCUACAGCCGCCUUGACCUCUCUGACAAUAUGGAACCAGUCCUCCAAUUUCUUAUACCGGGUGCUGCCAAGUCCUCAACAAGUUAAACCGACUGUGUCCUAG